CAGGGCCCGGCGCCCGGCGCGGCACCGCCCCCCCGGCGGCCACGUUGACAAGGCGGGCGUGGGCCGUGUUCGCCGGGCCGUGUCGGGGUGCGGGUACCCGGUGCGGGAGCGGGGCCGCCGCCACAGUAAAAAUGUCUUCGCCUCCCAAAGAGAAAGCAGAGACGCGGGCCGGACACCCUCCUGCUGUGAAAGCUGGUGGGAUGCGGAUUGUGCAGAAACACCCACACAAUUCAGAUGCCAAAGAAGAAAAAGAUAAGGAUGACCAAGAUUGGGAAACCAGCAGCCCACCUAAGCCAGCAGUGUUCAUCUCCGGUGUCAUUGCUAGGGGUGAUAAGGACUUCCCUCCAGCUGCAGCUCAGGUGGCUCAUCAGAAACCACAUCCUUCUGUGGAGAAGCUUCCUCACCCACAGCAUGUCAAACAGCACAUCCACCAGCCUCGCAAGUGAGCUCCCCAUCAGGAUCUCUGCCAGCCUGCUCUCAGUGAAUGUUUUCAAGAGAAGACAAAAACCCUUUAGUAUUCACACUGUCAAAUCUGUAAAAUUGACAUCUAAAAUAAUAUGCUGUUUCUUUUACUUUAAUUCUCAAGGGUUAAUAAGAAUGAAGACAUUGUUCACUUGUUAUCCCAGAUGGAAAAUUCUGUAUUGAGUAUUUGCUGAUCAGGGGUGAUUUUUUAUAAGAUUUUCUUAUUGCCAAGAUAAAAACUUCUGUAUGAAUAAUAUGAUUAA